AGACUAAUACAAAUGAGGCUGAAAGUUCAGUUAAAAAGUCUGGCACCAAGAUAUUGACAUAUAAACACGUUAGAACUGACAGUAGAGCUCAGAAAUUAGACCGUUUUUGCGCUCCAAAUGAUGUAUCCAAUGCGAUGUCCCAGAACAAUACAGAUAAUGAAUUCGAUACAAGCCAUAAUUGUCAUGAUUCUAUCGAAGGUGACAACGCUGUAUCGUCAAGUUUGAAACGUAAGCGUGAUCGUAAUGAGGUUCGAUUGACAAGUAUUUUAACAUUGCGAAAGCGGUUACGAGAAGUCGAGCACAAAGGGCUUACCGAAUUGCUCUCUAAUCACACAAUGGUUGGUUGUGUUGAUGAUUCGUUAACUUUAGCUCUUGUACAGCAUCAAACAAAACUUUACAUGAUCAACUAUAAUAUUCUCAGUAACUUCGGAUUUAUUCAAUUAUCUACUCCAGCCCCAAUAUAUGAUCUAAUCAUUUAUGCUUUGGAAUCAAAUGUUCAAGAGACAGAAAAUUUAAGACCAAAUCAUGAAAUUGCUCUGGUAUUUGUCAUUUGCACUGACUUACAAAGUGAAUGGAUGUUAUUAGAAUACUUUUCUAUGACUGUAAGUGAACAAGGUGAACUGGUCACUUUACCAUUAAUGCUUAAAGGAUAUGCGCCGAACUUGAAUAAACUUCCGACAUUUUUGUUGCGCUUGGGCAGUGAG